AUGGCCAUUCACUUUGGAGCUUCUUCCUCUUCCUCUAGUACUCCUACCAGCCAGUCCGGAACAUAUGAUGUUUUUCUGAGUUUUAGAGGUGAGGAUACACGCAACACUUUCGUAGGCCAUUUGUACCACAAUCUGGUUCAAAGGGAAAUCAAAACGUUCAGAGAUGAUGUUGAGCUUGAAGGAGGAGAUGAAAUAGCAGCUGCUCUUCAGAAAGCAAUUGAAGAAGCAAAAUUUCUUAUCGUCGUUUUCUCUAAAAAUUAUGCUACCUCGAAUUGGUGUUUAGAUGAACUCGCUAAGAUUAUGGAAUGCAAAGAGGAGCUCUUCUAG